AAUAUGACGCAGGGACGUACACGGACACAAACUAGCUGGAAGACGUCAUAGAAGUAAGAAGUAAUGUUUACUAAAUCAGUCUUUUUAUUUAUUCUGCCACUAACACAGAUAUCUGAGCACGCGAGCACUCCGGUCACACCCCGUGACUUUACGAGGCUUUAGCGCGCGCGCAGACUGUAGGUAGGAUAGCUGCCGGUGCGCUAGCAUGUUAGCUAGCCAAUAGCACGGAAUGGAUCUGCUGAGUAUUGUUGUGGAUGAAGUGGCUCUGGAAGGGCUGGACGGGAUAACCAUUCCCACUUUGUGGAUACGACUGGAAGACAGGCAGCCCGGGUUUCCCCUCAAGCUUGACGGCUGCACCAAGGAGCUCAUCUGGAAGUCACUGGUCAUCAACAGCGAGCUGAAGUUUUACGAGCUCCCGGAGGAGAGAGAGGAUGUCGUGCUGACCGACAGGUUUAAGGACAUUGAUGCAGAGACAGGCAUUGAAGUGACUGACAGCUUUACCGACACUCCCAAAGACAUCUACCCCAUCGACGUUGUUCCAGAAAACAAGGAUGGGAUUCAGGGCUCGUGUGCCUUCUUCAAAACAAGGAAAGACGUCACAAAGCAAGUCCGCUCCAAGUCCCUGCUGACCCCAUUGGUUAGCUUGAACGAGGCUUUGGAAAGAUACGGGAGAAAGCUGGUUGUCGUGGCAUCACAGUGUUUGCGAUAUCGUGCCCUGAUUGGCAGCGAGAGCGAUCCUGAUGUAAAACUCGGCAGCGACUCUUACUGCGUGCUGGAGAGAGUGGGCCGAGCACGAUGGCAAGGAGAGCUGCAGAGGGAUCUACAUGGAGGCUCUUUCAAGGUGGAUGCCCGAAAGUUUCACUACUUCAGAAAGUCUCUUGUCCGAUACCAGUUGGUCACCAUGCAGUCCUACGUCAGGCGAAUGAAGACCGGACAGCAGCAGCACUCCAUCCUUCUGCUGCUCAAACGCUUCCAUGUAAACAGGAGGACCAAGUAUGACAUACUGAUGGAGGUCACGUCCAACUUUCUCCAGCAGUGUCCGAGUCAGUUUUCCACAAUUAUCACGCUCAGAGAACAUCUUAACGUGGGCGACAGGACUUACUCGCGUCUGUUCAAGUACAUGCGAGCGUCCAAGUUGAUCGAGUUUUGCCGAUUCCCUUUGGAGGUGUUGGACCCCAGCGCUGGACCCCGCACCAACAAAAAUGGCUCCAAAGUGACUGUUCGCUGUGUGAGGCUGUUAAAGCCAUACAUAAAGAAGGGUGUAGCUGAGGAAGAUGACGAUGACGAUGAAGACGAGGAUGAUGACGGUGGAGCAGGAAGAGGGGGUUUGCUUACAGAGGGGCGGAUCAUGGAGAAGGACCUGUUAACACAGGCCUAUCACAUCAUACUAUCCUCUGGCACUAAGGGCAUCCCCCAGCGUGAUAUUGCACUCAGACUGAACGUCAGCAAAUUGGAAGCUCGCAUGCUCUGGCGAAGGCUAGAGAAAGAUGGGUUGAUUAAGGGAUUCAUGGAAGAUGAGGGUCGGCAGAGGACGACAAAAUUCAUCAGCCAUAAGUGUGUCGGCGGUAGCGAUCAACUCCAGCUGUUCGCUAAAGAGCAGGAGCGGCAGAUGCUGCUCUUUUCUUCCGCACCUCAGACGUCAAGUGCAGAACUGACCUCCCCUAAAACGCCGUCAUCGUCAAAGGCGCCAGUGAAAGGAAGCUCCAAAACUCCUGGAGCCAAGAAGAAUAAAAAAGAAGUCAAGGGAAGAAACAAAGAGGCAGAGGAAGAGGGGCAGACAUCUGAAGGUGGGAAAGGAAAUUCAAGACACGAAGAGCUGGAUGGAAAUGAAAGGAAAGUGAGGGGAAAAUCAGGAGCCAGGCGAAAGACAACGGGGGAAAAUGGCAGCAUGACAGCAGAGCACACUCAGCCUGACGUUCCUGUCACGCAGAGUGCACCAGCUGAGUGUGAAACUUCAGUGUGCAGCGAACCUGCGACUCACGGGACACCCGACUCAGUGUCUGGUGCUGUGACAGCUCCGGUUGAGGAAAAGGAAGAAACCAGUUCAACUGAUGCCAGCUCUUUGCAUCAAAGUGUGUCACCAAAUGCAGCUAAUAAUGCAGCACCCAUCACCGUGGUCGUCAAAAGUAUUCCCUCUCCAAAAAAAGCCAGCGGAACUCGGGAGAGGUCUCACGAGACGUACCGCCUGCUAAGGAGGAAGAACUUGAUAGUUGAAGCUGUCUGCAACUUCAGAAUCAUAGAAGGUCUUUUCCAGCUGCAGAAGAUGAUCAAUGACGACGAGAAACAGGACGGUGUCAGUUCAAAGUGCUGCAAGAAGACUAUCGUACGUCUCGUCCACUGUCUCGCAAGAGAAGGCUUGCUUAAGAUAUACACGACCACUGUUGUACAGGAUGGGAUGACAAGGAAGGUUGAAAUGAUUGUUCAUCCGUCCAUUCAACCCAACGAUGACAGAGUCAAACAGGUUAUUGAGCAGGUCCGGUUCAGAAUUUCCAGCUCUUCAGCAGUGUUACGUCAUGCUGAAGACAGAGCCAGAGAACAAGAAAAGGAGGCUGACAAAAAGAAAGCAAUUAUCGAUGAUGACCCGGACUUCAAGCCCACAAGAGUUCGAGGGUUGAGUAAGACUUAUGGCUUCCAGCCUAAAAUGCAUCGUCUACGUAUGAUGCAUAACUUCCUUUGGUAUCUGAUCUAUGGGCAUCCGCUCCGACACAACUGCAGCAGCUCUGAUUCAACCAGUCAAUCAUCAAGCAGCGCAGACGGCUCCGAUCCUGCUGCCAAACCUGCAGACAGCAAAGCACAACAGGAUCUGAAAGAAGCAGAAAGCUCUACACCUGCAGACAGACGAACACCGUUGUCGGACAGUGUUGGCACCGGAUCUGACGGCCGGAAAAGUGCAGACUCCAGCUUAUCUAACAUGGAAGUGGAAUCUGGUGAUGAAGGAGAGGAGCAAAAAGAUAGUUACUCUCAGUCUGACAUGAAAGUCUAUCUCGAUGAAGACUCCUGGAAGAGAUUCAUCCCUCCUGUCCGUGUUCACAAGGAGUAUAGCAGCGGCUGGGCGAUGGUGGGCGACCUGCUCCUCUGUUUGCCUCUCUCUGUUUUUGUGCAAAUUAUUCAAGUUACUUAUAAGGUGGAAGGACUGGAGGAAUAUCUCAAUGAUCCUGUAAAGCAACAUCAUCUGGUGAGAGUGCUGCCUGCACGAAUGAGAAGACAGCUGCUUUAUAAACGGAAGUACAUCUUUGUGUUUCAUGAAAACCUGCUAAAGCUGGUCUACAUGGGUCUCCUGCAGUUUGGUCCAAUUGAGAAGUUCAUGGAGAAGGACCAGGUGUUUGUGUAUCUUAAACGUAAUGCUACUAUUGUUGACACCACCAACACCGAGCCUCACUACUGGCUGGUCACAGAGUGCCCUGAAAAACCGUUUGAAAGGCGCCCUUACGUCUUUAACACUGCUGAUGACCUGGAAAAGUACUGGUUUGACCUGAUGUGCGUCUGCCUCAAUACACCACUGGGGGUAGUUCGUUGUAAGAGGAACACCACUGAUGAGGAAACGACUCCUUCUUUUGUGCAAGAACGCCAUGUUUUCGCAGGAUUGGCGUACCUGCUAAAGGGCAGUACUGAAGUGUGUGAUGAUGGGUCGAUACCAGGAGACGGUAAAGGAGCAGGAGGACUGGACUCUGAAUUUUUUGGUCAUCUUAAACGCAACUGGUUUUGGACCAAUCAGCUGCUUUCUGUUAACACGAGGCAAUCUGGUUUAGAGGCACAGGACAACAAAACCAGACUAAAGAGCCUCCUGAGUAAAGAUGCUCUCAGAUUUGCACUUAAAGCUGGAGGUACGGCGAAACCGCAUUGCGUCACAUCCAAGCGGCCAGCGAUGGCAGAAAAAGUUCAGGUGGGAAUAGAACCAGCAUCCAGAAACCAGCGGGUGGUUGGAGGAAAGGGGCAGAAGAGGAAGAGAAGCAAGAAAGAUGUUGUCAAAGUCCCACGCAAGAAGAAAAAAGAACCCAAGAAAAGAACUCCUGCACACGAUGAGACGGACCACCAGGCUUUGAAACGGAUGACCAGGCAAAGAGUCAACUGGACUGUACAGGAAGACUCACUGGUGAUGCUCUGCUGUGUGGCUGCGGACCUGCUCAACAGCAAGUUAAAAAGGCCGUUCGUACCUCACUGCGUGGUGAGAGACCUGCUCCACGCAGAGUUUGAGAUCUCAUCGGAUAAAACGUCUGUUGCCGUCGGACGUCGCUCAAGAUACAUCCUGAAAAAUCCUCAGACGCUUCUGAACUACAGGAUCUGCCUGGCUGAGGUUUACCAGGACAAGUCGCUGAUGAGUCUUUUGGAGAAGGAGAAACCUGCUAAUCCCGAUAAACCAGAGGAUUGUGCCAAAGUGUUCUCAGAGUAUAUCCGGCUGCUCAGACAGAAGUUCAGCUCCAUUGUAAAUGCUCAUGAUUUGAUCAUCCCUGACACCAAACAGCAGCUCUUCUCGAGGUUUAAGGUUUCUGCAAUAGACAGCGGGAAAAAGCUCCCAUACAAAGACACUCUGAGCAGCACAGAUGACAUUCAUUCUGUAGUGUUACAUAACUUGAUCCAAAGCACUCUGGCCAUGACCAACAAUCAAAUGAAAACCUCCAGAUCCUUUCAGAUCUUCCACUUGUACAGUCAGUAUGACCAGGAGCUUCUGUGCAAAGUCUUCAUACAAUGCAGGAAGAGGGGUCUGGUCAACCGCCGGCGUAUAGGCCAGCAGUUUGGGCCGAAGAAGAACCGAGCGCUGCCCAUCCUGCCUAUGUCCUACCAGCUGUCCCAGUCCUACUUCAGGUGUUUUUCAUGGCGUUUUCCUCAUUCCCUGUGCACCGAUUCCUUCCGCUUCUUAAGGAGUCUAAUAGACAACGGGACGCAAGAUGACAGGCCCAUCAUCGCACUCUACAACGAAACUGAAUACAGGUCACAGAAUGGAGAGGAAGUGCUGGAGACAAAAACAGGAUCCAAAAGUAAAGAACAUGGAGGAAAAGAAGCUGACAAACCAGCGAGUGAGCCGGAAAGGGCAAAAGAUGUCACCACAAAGGAAGGAGAUGACAACCAAAGUGAAAUUAAAGGAGACGAGAGUUUGAAGGACGCUGACACGAACAACGAGAAAACUGAUGUUUUGAGCAAACCAGACGAGCAGAAAAAGCCUGAUGACAGCUCCACAUCUGGAUCUGGUGAAGAGGCUCCAGGAGUGUCGGCCACGUCAAACGCGGCACCUCCAGCUUCAGACGAGCCUCCUGAUGUGUCGGACAUGCUCAAGUUCUCUCUCCAGUCCCCGGGUGGAGCCUGCCUAGUCUCGCUCAGCCUGAUGUCUCUAGGACUGCUGAAUGUGUACGUCUCCAUUCCUAAACAGAUGGUGGUGGUGGACAGCAACCUGGUGGACAGCAACCUGGUGGACAAGGAUGUAGUGAAGAGUAUGGCAGAACUAGUAGUAGAAGAAGAAGAGGAGGAUGAUGAUGAUGGUGACGAGUACGAUGGGAAAAAAAGGCUACAAGUGAAGGCACAAAAAGCUUCGCACACCAAGUACUUAAUGAUGCGAGGAUAUUGCACCCCGGGCAUCGUAAAAGUGCGCAACCUAAACACCAAUGAUAGCAUUGUGAUGGAGUCGUGUAUUCUGAGGUUGCAGCUGCGCAACACACCCGCUCACAACCUGUUCAGUGCAGAGAUUUUAGACUUUCCACCUCUGGACUUGACAAAAUGCGGUCCAUCCCUUCUCCCCUCCAACCUCACCUCCUUCGUCCGUUCUGCCUCCUUUUCUCCUCCCAGUGUUGAGGAGUGUUACAGGCGCUUUGUUGAGCAAAAGGGAUACACCCCGCGGGACAUUGAAGCGUGCACUCAGAUCAUGAGGAGCUUAGAUGAAGCUGGUGAAAGAGGUUGGGAUGCUUAUGACUUUCUCGAGGCUCACGCGAACCUGCUGGAGCCGCAGUCUGGACGCAGCAGGAAGCUGCAGCAGUACAUGGAGGAGUUGGAAGAAGAAGGCCAGGUGGUAAAAGUUGGGAGUCUAAGUGUCCGCUGGGUGCUCAUGAAGCUCGCUGGACCAUGGCUUCUUACUGUCAGCUCCAAGCACUGGUCUCAGUCAUCAUUUGCGUCAGACCCGUUUUUGGAGAAGAAGCAAACCAUCCCCUUUGUACGGAAGCGGUGCAGCCGAGAAUUCCAAGUGGAGAAGGAAGAACCACCGGCGAAGAGAUUGGCUGUGGAUAGAGAGGACGUCGCUGACAAAGAGGAUGUGGACGGAGUGUCGAGUAACAAAGAAACAAAUGAGAACGAACAGCUGGAACAACUGGAACGGCCGAUGGAGAGGGCAGAUGAGUCGAGGGGAGACCAGUUGUUGUUAUUGGAGGAGGGAGGAAAGCAGAUACAGAAGGAGGAGGAAAAACGGGCCGCAGAAAGGAAGGAGACGACGGACGCAGAGAGAAGACAAGAUAACAGGAAUGAGCAGAGGUUGAGAAGAGGAAGGAAAGCCGAUGAAAACAACGAUGAGGCGUGCUCUUCCUCCACAGGCCCCGAUACUGAUGCUGAAACCAGCUUCAUCAGCCGGCCCUGGCGCUUGGUUGAUGGUAAGGUGAACCGGCAGGUGUGUAAGGGCAUGCUGGAAGCUGUUCUUUACCACAUCAUGUCUCAGCCCGGCCUGACACACCAGGCGCUGGUAGAGCAUUACAAAGAUUUGCUGCAGCCAGUGGCAGUUCAGGAUCUUGUGCAGGCACUUAUCGAACUGGGCUGUGUGACGAAGAAAACUCUGGCUAAAAGUCCUAAACCCUCACUGUUCACUCGUCCUGCACAGCAAAGAAAAAGCGAGAGAGAACCAGACAUAGUGAUGUAUGAGCCCACCAUCAGCUGCUGCCUGCGACUCUGUCGAGUGUUGCCCAACGAGCGAACCUGGAACUGUUGUAUACCCUGAAAAGUGUUUGUUAAACUUAUUUUAGAUCUCCAAGGACUGAGAAAAAUAUUGAAGCAAUGAUCAGGCUGUUGACAGCUAAGUGAGGAUAUUUCACAAAUUUGAUCAGGCUCUUUGUAUUUCCUUUGGGGAAGUUUUUUGUGUUCAGCUUUUCUGUGCUCUAACUUAUAAUUCUCAAUAAAAAGUUUUGUUAAAACUUGUA